AUGGAGACUCGAUCUCGUCUAAGGCCGAGGAAAGAAUCGUCGACAGAGAAACUCGUACCUGCAAAAAGGGGGAGGCCUGUCACGGCAGGUCGUGGUCGAGGGCGUAAGCGUGUAAAGCCGCACAGAGAACCAGCUGCACAAGAUGAGAUCCAGGUGGACAAUGAAGAUUCACCCCAGGCUCACUUCUCUCCCCACAAAUCAGCCUAUUCACGCCGUGGUGCCCCUUCCUACCGAGUCGCUCGUCGCGCAAACUAUGAGGAUGCAGCGGAAGUAUCAAGCCUGCUGAGCGUCUACCAGGUGCAAGAAGGGCAGGAUAGCGAGGAUGGCGUUAGUUCACCAAUCCGUCCAAACCCUGAUGAAUUAAGGAAGUUCCAGAAUAGGGCCAUUCUCCGUGUAAGGUUGUCCAACCUGCAGGGCCUCAGGGAAGCUAGCGACGAACUUGUGUCAGCCAUUAGGAGACAUGAUACUCAGAACAACAGAAGCUCUUCCUUGGAUCUAGACGUGAAAAGAGGUGUUCUCAAGUCUCGCCUUAUCGCUUACCAGGAAGACCGCGAAGACCGCGAAGCCUUAUUCAUUCCGUCAUCACUCAUUGCAGAAUUGGCCGAGCCAAAUUCUGCCGAGUUUGAAUUGGUUGGUGAGGAUCUAGACAUAAUGCAGGUCCUCGGGAAUGCCAAUCUUGCGACUGCCCUGAACUUGCUUCAGCGCAUUCGGGCUGGUGAUGACGAAGAUGUCCUCUCAUCCCUGGAAAAACUUGACGACUACUUCGAUCAACUUUUUACUCCUUUCGGGAAUGAGAGCCAAAACGUUCGCCAAGCUAUUAAUCUUCGCACGAGUGUCUUCAUUAACAAGCUUGGUCCUGUUACUAUGGAACCAGAGCCAUACCCAGUUAUUGCAGAAGUGUUUUGUAAAGCUGAUAAUGCCGAGCACCCGGAAGAUUACGAAAGCCUUUUCGAGCAGGGCCCAUUCAAGCCGCUUGCAGCGGUGCAUGGGGAAGAGGCCGAUGCGGUAUGCAUUGAAAGGAUCCAAGACAUCAUUCAACUACUAGAGGAUGAACGUGAGAAACCAGGAAGCCUGGCUCGGGCAUAUGCCACGGGGGAGAUACUACAAGGAGUUGAGGAUUGGAUCUGGGAAGUAUACCAAGCAAACAAAAACGAGCUCAGUGACCGGAAAGCAGAAGCGCAACGGGCCUCAGCCUCUCGUGACAUUUUCCAUGAUGCAGAGGAACGACCCGGGGCAGAGGAUACACAAUCCACAACGGAGUCUCAACCCAUUAUACGCCUAGAAGAGAGCCAACCGAGACAAAGUUUGUUUCAAGGGGCUCAAUCUCUCCAAGUUCUCCAUGACACGUCGCAACCGAUUGAGCGGCCAGAGGAAACUCAGCCAAGGAAGAGCCUGUUCGAGGGAGCUCAGUCCUUUCACGCACUACUUAAUCCAGCUCACUCUCAAAACACAACGAUACCACCAUCUAACCAGCAACAGGAGGCUGCAUCUCAAACCCCUCCCGCAGACUACGACAACGAUAAUGAGGCCAUUCUCGGACCGCCGCCGCCAAGUAACGAUGGUGUCGCGGUCAGCGAACAGCCAGCCUCUGCCAAUGCAGAGGCUCAGGGCGAAGAAGAGCCCGAGCACGAGAGUGACGACGAUGACGCCUUCGAGGAGGACUCUAGGCCCGCCAAGGACAAGGACCGGGUGGUGGUUCACAACAUCGGCCCAAAGCAGGCGAGGACGUCGAGAGCAGCACAACUCAUGCCCCCUCCUCCACGGCCCAGUGCUCCACGGCCCGCGCCGACCUCAACUGCCCAGCCAAGAUCCUCACCAUCUGAACAGCCGCCCUCCAGCCUUCGAAGCGUCUCCACUGCCAGCAGCGAUGGGAGUUCCGUCCUCCACCCAUCUUCCAGCUUCAAGUCCAGGCAGCCAUGGUCCAGCAAUGACACCAACCUCCUGAUAGACCUGAUUCACGCUAAGCAAGCCAAAUGGUCAAAGAUUGAGGAGGACGAGAAUCACCGCUUCGAACAUCCCCGCAACCAGCAGGCAUACCGCGAUAAGGCCCGCAACCUCAAGGUCGAGUACCUCCUCUCCGACCGCGUGCUUCCGCCAUCCUUCAAUCUUGUCGCUCUUAGCAAGAAGGAGAUUGAUCGGCUGAUCAGCUUCGGCAAGAAUCCCUACCGCAAGGAGGAUGACUUGGACGACGACGGGAACCCGAUAGGCACUGAGUAUGCCAGACCUGGCGAGUUUUAG